CCUGAAAGACGCAGCGUGUUCCAAUUGCGGAAGGUGCCCGGGCGCCCCAUCGCAUCACGUGCAAGAAAGACGCGCCUUCCCAAUCCGAGUUAGAAUGGGGCCCCGCGGACCAGUCAGAGGCCGGGCAGCCGGGCAGUCGUACUAAGGAUGUAUGAAGUUUUGAACCCCGUAUCAAAUGGCCAAGCGUCCCGUCCGUCCCUGGAUCCCGACAGUUAACUGCAAUGUAACCGCGCUUGCGAUAUCUCGUAUCCCACCCCCCCCCUCCUCCACUGGAUCGUGGGCUUCCUUGCUCUCCGUUAGUCCUAUACUUUGCUUGCUCUUGUCUCCCUUGCAGGUUUCUUUGCUAUCCUUCUUUGUGUUGGAUAUCGGUUACGGUUCUUCGAUCCCUCUCGUCUUGACGUACUUAGUACUUGGCAAACGUGGCCGCAGCGGCGGAGUCUCCCCGGGAGCCGCCACUAUAUACCGAGCUGCAUGUCCUCGUCACCCGCUCAUUUCUGAGGGCAACUGACCUCUAUUCUUCCUAAUAUCUAUCGCGUCAUCUCCUCAAGAACGCUCCUUUCUCAAAUUCGAUCCCCCUUCUGUCCUUCCCGUUGGUCUGCAAAGCCGCGACCCGCCGAUAAGCCCGCUUUUCCCUGCA